CAGACUGCGAACCGGAAGCUGCCGUGUUCACAAAGUAAAGGAAAAGUAAGACCACUUAUACUGUUGUACUUUUCGGAAUGUAGUUACAAAUAUUUGUUUGUCAUUUACUUCUAAAUUGAUUUAAGUUUCAGUGUUGCACAUUCAAACAGCAUGUUGCGGCCAAAUAAGAACAAAGAAGAAACUAUUUCGGUCCGUGGAAAAUGGAGCAGAGUGGGAACUCUUGAGAGCUUUUCCUCGCUGAUGUGUCGCAACAUCACUUCCAGUAGUCCCGUUGUAUUAUUCUCCUCUUGGUCUGCGCCUCUAUCCAUCUUCCAAGCAUUGGUUUGAAGACGGCACACUAAUGCGAGAGGCGGAGAUGAUGUUACAAAAGAGAUAAGAGUUGAGACAAUCAUGUGUGGACGGCUGGCAUACGUUAGCAUGAUCAGUACUGUUAGCUGUGGCUAGCACGUCACCGGCGUCAUUACACCACUGAGGUCACUUUGGCGUGAAAGUGCCGGCCGCCUCCUCUUAGAGUUUCACAAAUUCCUCCAGUAAAUUCAACAAAACGUCACCUUGGAGUUUAGCUGAUUGGAGAGCUAGCUUCUGCAGCUAGUGGGUCCAUGACAAAGACUUUCAUUUUGUUUGAUCAGCCUUACAGGCACUGUUUGUAAACAAUUAAGGUCCUGACAGAAAGAGAAAACUCUUCUGACAAUCUGGGUCAGUAUGGCCCCGCAUCCGGUGGUCCAAGCCAUCAUUGACCUCUCUGCCGGAGCAAUAGGUGGGGCUGCGUGUGUCUUCAGUGGUCAACCUCUGGACACAGCCAAGGUGAAGAUGCAGACCUUCCCCACACUCUACCGGGGUUUCAUCCACUGCAUCACGUCGACCUACAAGCUCGUUGGCGUACGUGGCCUUUACCAGGGAACAUCGCCGGCUCUGAUGGCCAACAUUGCAGAGAACUCCGUGCUCUUCAUGAGCUACGGCUUCUGCCAGCAGGUCAUCCGCUUUGCAGCGGGUUUGCACAGUGACGCCGUGCUGAGCGAUGUGCAGAAAGCGUGUGCUGGCUCAGUGGCGUCCAUUUUCUCUUCGCUGGUUCUCUGCCCCACGGAGCUGGUCAAGUGUCGGCUACAGGCCAUGUAUGAGAUGGAGCUCUCAGGCAAGAUAGCAAGGAGCCAGAACUCGGUGUGGUCGGUGAUAAAGUCCAUCAUGAAGAAUGAGGGGCCGCAAGGCUUCUUUCAGGGCCUGACCACAACCAUCGCCAGAGAGGUCCCCGGUUACUUCUGCUUCUUUGGUGCCUACGAGCUCAGCCGCAGCGCCUUUGCCGACUACAUGAAGUGUGACAAAGACGACAUAGGCGUGGCUCCAAUUGUAUUCAGCGGUGGUUUGGGAGGGGCAUGUCUUUGGCUGGUGGUCUACCCGAUGGACUGUGUCAAGUCUCGCAUCCAGGUCAUGUCAAUGACGGGUAAACAGAGUGGAUUUUUCAAAACCUUUAUGACCAUCGCACGGACUGAAGGUAUGAGAGCACUCUACUCGGGUCUCACCCCCACUAUGGUGCGCACCUUUCCUGCUAAUGGAGCCCUCUUCCUGGGCUACGAGGCCAGUCGCAAGAUCAUGAUGAAGCAGUUUGAGUGAAUGAUGCAGACUUUUUCAACAAGCUUUGAAGUGUAUUAAUUAGCUCAUGAAAACUCCCACUGAUGUUGAACCAUGUGAAGGAUCUGCAUUUCUUGUUUACAUCCUUUCAAAGUAUUUUAUUUGUUUGAGCUAACACAUGGGAGUGCCCUAUAGAGAUUCUACUGCCAGUACUUGUGAGAGAUAGAUCAUGUGGAAUUGUCUGCACUCCAUCCUUGCCUACCUCAAUACACAAAUAUUACAUAAAGUACAAACACUCCUUUUUAACGCACAAAGAUUUUUAAGUAUAGGUGCUCACUGUUCUGAUACAUUUGAUCUUUCUCUCUUCACUUGGUUUUAGAAGUAGUGUCAUUAUUGCACAAACUGAUUUCCUAGGGUAAUUGAUGCCAAGCCAAAUCAUUUGUCAGCUCUGCUAAAACACUCCAACAUAACUCAAUUGUUUCCCAUCUGUCCAUUGUCGUUUCAACACAAAACUUGCCUUUUAAAUAGUCUUUUUACCUUUUGUUCCCCUCCGAAUAUCACUUAGUGUUGUGCUAAUUGCUCUCUGAACAGGGUUAUUCCACUCUUUUUGCAGGACACAAUUCUCAAGUCAUAUUCAUUUUUAACAGAUGUUUUAUUAACAAAAAUGCCAACAGCUGGAAGUAUUUGUGUACAUUAUAUAUAACAAACUUGAUAUUGUAGUUAGAAAAUUAAUAAACUUUUCUCUGUAGAAGCA